UUAUUGAUAAAGGUAGAUAUAAAUCUCGUCGAUAAUUCAUCUCAAAAAUGCUAUGAACCCACCGACUGCAAGGAAUGGAAUAAUUCAAUCACCAGAAUCUCCAAAUGGACCCGUGUGGAAACCAGAUUUAUAUAGGUUGCAGCGAGAAGCCCCUGAGGCCAGACCCAUUCCAUGCUCAAGGAAGAUAGAAGAUCGUCCAGUUCACUAUGGAGCAGAAUUCCAUGGACGUCUGUCCCACCUGGAGGCUAACCAGCUCCUGAAUGCUGAUGGAGAUUUCCUUGUCCGUUAUAGUGGAGCAAGUAAACCUCCCAUUCCAACACUAUCUUUUAGAUUUCAGGGUAAAAUUAAACACUAUAGACUUUAUUACGAUGGACAACAUUUUGUCAAGGAGAAGAGGUUUGAUUGUGUCAGCGAUUUGGUGCGAGACGGCCUAGUUACCCUUCAUAUCGAGGCGAACGCAGGCCCAUAUAUCCAGCUCAUGUGUGAUGUGGCCAAAUAUGAGAAAUCGCCUGCUUAUCUCACAUUGACCAGGUAUAAACGGAGGACGAAGCCUUUGCAAACUACGCAAGAAGAAGAGAUCCAUUAUGAUAAGCCUCACAAUUUUAAAACUCAUAAUUUCAAAGGGCUUAAUUGGUGUGAAUUUUGUUCCAACUUUCUAUGGGGUUUCUCAGCCCAGGGAGUAAAAUGUGAAGAUUGUGGCUUCAGUGCCCACGUCAAGUGUUCGGAAAAGCUGCCUCCAGACUGCUGUCCAGAACUGAAGAGUUCGCGAUCUGUUUUUGGUGUCGAUUUGACAACUCUCGUCAGAGCCAAGAAGACUGUACGUCCAUUUGUAGUUGAUAAGUGUAUCCAAGAGAUUGAGGCUCGAGGACUGAGCAUGGAGGGCAUUUACAGAAUAUCUGGCUUCGCUGAUGAAAUGGAUACUCUGCGCAUGUCUCUUGAGAAAGAUGGUGAGAAUGCUGAUAUAACUGCUGAAGUUUAUGAUAACAUAAAUGUAGUCGCUGGUAUUCUGAAACAAUAUUUCAGACUGUUGCCAAUCCCACUGCUUACCUAUGAAGUGCACCCAAUACUCCUUAGGGCAGUGCAGUUUGGUACGCUACGAGAACAGAUCCGAGCGACCAAGGAUGCACUCUCAUUGUUACCCCCAGCACACUACAACACACUGAAAUAUCUAAUGGCCCAUCUUGCCAAGGUCGACGAACAGCAACAAUUGAACAAAAUGAGCGCUUACAACCUGAGCACCGUUUUCGCACCCACAUUGAUGCCUCCCCCGACGACUGGCUCUCAUCAUCAGAUCCCAGACAUGUCAGGCGAGAUCAAAGCUAUUUGCCUCCUUAUACAGCACCAUGUAGCUAUCUUCUAAGAAAAGAAAAGAAGUACGCGUUUAUUCCUUGCCGCUAAACAUUCCUUUUUAUUUUUAUUUUAAAGGACAAUAUAGUUUGAUGAUAUAGUUUUAUAUGUAUGUGUUAUUUGUUGUAGGAUUUUGUUUAUAAAAUGUGUUAUUUGAAUAAAAUUUAUCUGUUUGUAUUUAGUUUA